GAUUUGUUCAACAUCUGCCGUCGCCAUUUUCUCGUCUUCCAAUCUUCCUUAAGCUAAAACCCACCCCCGCCGCCGCCUCCUCCGGCGAAGCCAAUAGAGACCAGAAUUCCCAUGCCGACCUUCACUGCAAUCGCGUUAGAGAACCUUCUCGAGCCUAGGGUUGCUGAAUCCCUCAAAAAGCCCGACGGCGAUGGCCGUUCCAGGCACCUCUACAUAUCCCCGGCCCUCUAUGCCACGCCGGAGCAGUCGCCCAUACCCGACUACUCCUUCCGCGACCCGCCCUCCCCUUCUCCUUACGUCGCCAAUCACAAGCGCCGCGGCGGCGGCCACGUGAAGGUUCCGGAAACGCGCCGCGCCCGUGACGAGACUGAGAGUUUUAAUCUGGACGAGGAGGAGGAGGAGAAAUGUUCGAUUGAGUGCGUAGACAGUGUUUCUGAGGAGGAUGGGGAGUGUUUCGAUCCGAGGAUUCAGGUUGUAUCAUCUGAUUUCAGCCAGAUUCAAUUGGAGAGCCGCAGCUUCGUAUCGGCGCAAGGGGAAUUUUUCGACGCGAUUGAUGACUUCUCUGAUGGGUCCAUUUCAAAUACACCAUCACGUGAUCAUAGACUUGAGUCAGAAUUGUUCUCAUCAAAGCUCAAUCUUCUUGACGAAAUUGAAAAGAGAAAGACUGCAGAGGAAACUAUUCUUUUGAUGCUCAGUCAGUGGGAGAAAAUCAGGAUCCUUAUGUCUGAAGCUGGACUUAAUUUUCCUGCUCCUCCUGCUAUUAGUGAUACCAUGCAGCUUGAGGAUAGGGAGAUGGAUAAAUUUUCCCAGGAAGUUGUUGUUGCUAAAUUUGUUGCUGAAGCAGUUGGAAGGGGUCUAGCACGUGCGGAGGCUGAAGAAGCUGCUUCAGCAAUCAUUGAAUUGAAAGACCUGGAGAUCCUCAGGCUACGUGAUAGAUUGCAGUACUAUGAAACUGUUAAUCACGAACUGUCGCAGAGGAAACUUGUUGAGGUCGCACGUAGGCAACAAGAAAGGAAGAGUAGAAGGAGGUGGGUAUGGAGUUUUAUGGGAUUGGCAUUUGGAAUUGGGACAUCUUUGGCUGCUUAUUCAUAUAUUUGUCAUACCAAUGAAUGUGUACCGGCGCUGGAGUGUGCUGAUUCAGCCGAGUCCGUACCGGUAGAGACCUCCUAUGGACAUUGAUCCGAAGGCAAAUUUGUUGACUUAUUUUGUGGAGCUGGCCUACAUUUUGUAGUAAGUGUUGGAUCAGAUCAUAGGUAGGUAUAUCAAUGGCUAAAACCUCUGGGUGCAUAUGUUAUCUCUUAUGUAGAGAGAAGUUUAGGUUAGUGAGCUAUAUCUCUUCUCGGAAGCAUGGUAUCUAAUGUUGAAUUUGAUACCUGAAUUUUCAUUUAGAAACUACUGAGUAACCUGUAGUUGUUUUACCAAAUUGCGUCACGAGUUUAUUCAGUCUUUUAAGUUGUUAA